AUGGCCGCUGCCGGAGCGACGGGCGGACACCGCGGCCUCCAGACCACCCCGCCGCGCGAGGCGUGGGGCCCAAGGGACGCGGCGCGCACGGAGGAGCCGGCCCGGCCGCCGGCGCCGCCGCGGGAGCUCGAGGCCGAGGUCGACGAGCUGCUCGCCAGGCACCACUGGGAGCUCAGGCGCGGGCUCGCGGCUCUCGUCGCCAGGGCCCCGGCGGAGCAGCAGCCGCCCGGGGGAGGCGCGGGGUGCGGCGGCCCGGCGGUGGCCGGCCGCGUCUGCGAGAGGCCCGAGAGGCCUGCGGCGCCAGGCGGCGCCCUGCAGGCCACGUCUCCGGCGUCGGCGCCCACGCCCAGGAGGCUCUCCGCCGGGCCCCGGGGUUGGGACGACGACGGCGACGAGUCGGACGCGGACGACAUCCUCGACAGCACGCUCCAGAUGCCGAGCAGUCCCCACUCCAGAUCGAAGGUCGCCAAGGUGGUCGGGCUGGGAUCGGGCAAGACGCAGCUGCGAGCGUCUGCGUCCCUGUCGCUGAAGGCGCAGCGCGGCAAGGACUUGCAGUCGAGAAUGUUGCGACUAGUUUCUCAUCCAGUGUACGAGGUGGCCAAUGCUGCCGUUAUCAUUUUCAACGCCCUCGUCAUCGCGUGGGAGACAGAGCACUCGGCGCAGCAGGUGCCAAGAAGCGAUCAGCCUGUCCACUUCGAUGUGUUCAUGUUUACCUUCUGUGCCCUGUUCACAGCCGACCUCAUCCUGAACAUGCUAGCACAGGGCUCAUAUUUUUUCUACGCGACGGACUGGAAAUGGAAUUGGUUCGAUAUGCUCGUAGUAGUAUUGGCGAUCGCUGAGGCCAUCGCCUUUGUCGUGGGGUCGAGGGGUACCAUGUUGUCCAAUAACUCGGUGCUACGCGUGCUCCGGCUCGUACGAAUCUUGCGAUUCGUGCGGGCUCUCCGGUCGCUCGUAUUUUUCCGCGACUUGCGUAUCACGAUUUCUGUCUUGAGCGGAGCGUUGGUUCCGUUGAUGCCUUUGGCGGUCAUAUUGUUUAUGAUAUUCAUGACUUUCGGAACAAUUUUGACUGACGGAGCGAGCCAGCACAUGAUCAACCAUCAGCAUAGUUAUCAUCCAGGGCUGAAGAAAUAUUACGGCAGCGUGUUCGUGACCGUGGCCACUCUCUUUAAGACGAUCACAGGUGGCAUAGAUUGGGAGGUAGCCGUGGAGCCAUUAGAGAAGAUGCCUCUCAUGUAUACCGUGGUGUUCUACGCUUACGUGACAUUCUCAGUGUUUGCAUUGUUGAACGUCGUCAACGCAAUGUUUAUCGAUUCCACAUUUCAAAGGUCCAGGCAAGAUCGCGAUUACGUAGUACAGACGGAGCAGGAUGGCAAGCGAUCAUUCUUGGCCAUGAUGGAGAGGCUGUUCGUGGAGCUAGACAUUGACAACACUGGCACGAUCAACCUCUCAGAGCUGCAAAACCGCAUACGCGAUCAAAAGGUGAGAGCUUACUUCAAGGCCAUCGACCUGGAUAUUUACAAGGUGAAGAAGCUGUUCCGGCUCAUGGACACCGACAAGUCGGGCGGCAUCGACCACGUCGAGUUCAGGAGAGGGUGCGAUCGCCUGCGCGGCGAGGCGAGCCAGUUGGACCAGGCAAUCCUCCACUACCAGAUGAAGAUGCUGUCGAGGGACGUCGCCACCGUCAAGCACCUGGUGCGGGGGCCGAGCGGCGACGUGCUGCGCGUGGAGCCGCCCUGCGAGACCAGUGGGCUGGAGGGCGCCGCGCUCGUGCAAUAG